AUGGAGGCCACCAAGAACUCAAAUUCCGUCGCGAUAAAUACAGAGAAAUUAGGAACAGAAUCUGCUGUUACAUCUGAAAAUCAAUUGGAAAUACCUUUGUUAGAAGAUUUACAACUUGUUGAAAAACCACAGAAAACACCAGCACAAAAAGUCAUCAGAAAAACAUUCAAAAAAACAGCUAUUUUAUCAAAUCUUUUGCCUUCAGACAGUUUUCGUGACGAAAGAGGGAAAGUCCGUUAUGGAUUGGCUACAUUCAGGGGUUUAUGGAUUAUUGAUGGCUCAUCUCCUCCUGAGGAUGCAGCAAUAUAUAAGCUGAAAUUCAUUGAUUUCUUUCAUGCUUUUUUGUCAAUACUUGUUUUUUGUGCUGUCGCGGCGUUUGAUCAGAAUGUGAUGAAAUGUUUGUACCCUUCUCCGUCUCCAGAUGCUCAGGAGAUCCUCGCGAUAUUGCCAAUGGCUGUUGGGGUGAUUUGCACGUUUUUGUUCGUUGUUUUUCCUACAACUCGUCAUGGAAUUGGAUUCCCUCUUUCGCGUUGUUAGA